AUGCAGAUGACACCGGAACGUGCUUUUGAGAGAUUUGUACUCGUCAAACGCUUUAGUGGGGAGAUGGAGAACAACAAGGGUUUAAUUCUGUGGCUUCAGUACGCGAAUGUGUACAGAACUACACGAGGCGAGCUUCUUCUCGGUAACAAGAAGAUCUAUGAGUUGUUGAGACAAAGUAACUCGGAAGAAGAGCUGGCGACGCUUUUUCAUUCUCUUCGCCAAGUAUCUGGGAUGGAAAAUUUUGCGGACGAGAUGCAGAUAUUUAUGAUCUUGAGCUCCGCGUCCUCCCGCAAACUCGCGAAUGAGGCUUGGCUGAAGUCCCAAGAAACGCCGCAGGAAGUUUAUAGAAUUUUGAAACUUAGAGAUGAGGGUCUCGACAGCAGUCCUCUGUUUCUUCAGUGGCUCCGAUACAUCAAAUUGUACAAAGCCCACGCGGAAAAGGAUUUACCACCAAACUUGCAACCAUUCUCUGACCUACAAGCGCUCGAGUUCUUGAUGAAAGAAAAGCGGUCAGUUCUCAAAAUUGGGACGCUCUUGCAUACUGUCAAGGGCAUUGAGGAUUUAAACGUGCUUGCCACAAACUUGCAGCUCCAGCUCUUCAAUCACUGGAAGCAACUCAAAAUAACCCCGGAAAAAUUACAGGAUCUUUUGGACGACAGCUUUCACAUCAUUACUUUCUCGAAAAGUGGCCCCGGACGACCGACGUACAGAAAUUGGAAAGCUUACUCCAACUACUACGAUGCUAAAUCCUAG